AUGGCUGGCCAAGAGCAUGAGUCGGGUAUGAUGCAGUGGGCUCUUAGUCUCUUUGAUAGCGAUCCAGCUUAUUAUAAUCCUGUCCAAUAUGGUGAUAUGAUACAAAAUGAUGCCAAUGAUACCUACCGCGGAAAUUAUAUCAGACGUCAAUGCGAUACAGAAUCUAAUCAUGUAGAGAAUGAUGAGUUCAUUGCAUACACACUUCAAGAAGAAUAUUCACGACUAUCUGUAGCAGAAGCAUCUAGAUACUAUCAUGGAGAUGAAGAGCAAUCACAAUCAUCUAAUAAUCAUGCAGAUGAUAGGCAUGGUAUCUCCAGAAGGAAUUACUGUUCAGAUGGUGAUUAUCCAAAUAAUGGAGCGGGGGCAGUGGUGCCUUCUAGUUCAUAUUCUAGCUCGGGUCAGUUGGAGCUAAAUGAUAAGUGUAAAGUUGCCAAUGAAGUAGGCCGGAGCUUCAAUGAAAUAAUGCAUGUUCCUCAUGUUCCAAGGAUUAAUGGAGCAACAAUUCCUUCACCUGAUGAAGCAACAUCAGAUCACCAAAGGCUGCUUGAUAGACUGCAAUCAUAUCAUGUCGUUGAGCAAAAGGUUCAAGGAGAUGGGAACUGUCAGUUUCGUGCUUUAUCAGACCAAUUUUAUCACUCACAAGAGCGCCACGAUGAUGUGAGAAGGGAAGUCGUAAAUAAGCUCAAGUCUAACCGAGAAAUUUACGAGGGAUAUGUUCCUAUGGAAUACGAUAGCUAUUUGAAGAAGAUGUCGAAGAGCGGCGAGUGGGGCGACCAUGUUACAUUGCAGGCUGCUGCUGAUUCGUAUGGUGUGAAAAUUCUCGUCCUUACUUCAUUUAAGGACACAUGCUGCAUAGAGAUUAUACCUGAAGUCCGAAAGUCAAAAGGAGUUAUUAGAUUGAGUUUCUGGGCAGAGGUGCAUUACAAUUCAAUAUAUCCUCAAGAAGGUACACACUCAAACGAGCGCAGAAAGAAGAAGUGGCGGAUAUUUGGGCGUAAAAAAUAA